AUGAAAUACGUGAGACAUUCCAGCCACAAUAUGAAAGCAGUUGCAAUAAUCCUUGCUUUUGUAACUCUGAAGUCAUGUUCGAGUGAGCCGCAAGUAGAUGCCGAGUCGUACUUAAGCCGCUUUUUAGCUGAUUUGUGGCUCGAAGGCGCCGACGUAGUGCGAAUUAUUUGGAGGGACUGCUCUAAACAGCUUAUCAGUGUUAAAGAUGAAAUCGACCAUAAGGAGUAUUUUCCUAAAUUCGUGCGAUGUAUGAAGAGGAAAACUUUAAAGGGCUUAGACAGAACUUUAAGCCUGGAUUUAGUACCCAUUGUGGAGGGUGUAAAUUUAGUAAGAUUUGAAUUAGUUGAUCGGUCUGGAAAUUUCGUCACUGGAAACGAAACUAGCACAUGGAGUGACAAGGAUUUGGAAAACGGAGAUUGGCGUACCUUAGCAUUACAGAGAAUUGCUAAAGUAUUACGGACUCAUGUUAUCAAAUUCGAAUUUGGGGACAGAAACGUUGAGACAGUUGAACAACGAGGUAGACGACGCCACAUGCUGACAAUGAUGAUGUUUGGCAUAGUGUCUAUGGGGAUGGUUUUAGUUCCAAUGGGAUUCCAAUUCUUAGCCGUACUGGGAGGGAAAGCUUUACUUCUGGCAAAAAUGGCUCUGAUUCUCGCGUCUAUACAGGGCCUUAAAAAGAUUGGUACAAGUCCGUUAAGCUACGGAUUCUAUCCCACUUACCCUCCGUAUGACCACUUCGAAAGGAGGAGCAACGACUUCCCACCAUCGCUGAAGAGAUCGAGACAUAUUGCAAUCAAGGGUGAUAAAAUAGAAGAAAAACCAGUAACAUGGAAACCAGUACUAAAUCAGUUCAAAGAUGAAGCGCCACGAUUUCUGACUCACUCUCAAGCUCCUAUUGUAUCAACUGCUAUAGAUGCCCCCACUUUAGAUCUCACAACAAAUCCGGGGGAAGUUCAAGCCGAUUAUACUCUGGAAUUACCGUAUAAUGGAUUGAAUUUUCAAAGUUCCCAUCCUGUCGUUCCGUCUUGA